CUAAACAGUACAAGUACUUGUCCUUGAACGAAAGCCCUCUUCGCGAAAUCCCGCUCAGAGAUCUCCGCGCCUUUGCACACGAAAGCCUAUAUAGCGACCCGCUGCAGCCAUGAGCGCACGGUAUGAUAGAGCUAUUACUGUCUUCUCGCCCGACGGGCACCUGUUCCAAGUGGAGUAUGCAUUGGAGGCAGUGCGGAAGGGUGCCCUCGCGGUUGGCGUGAAGGGCAAGGACACUGUCGUGCUAGGAGUGGAGAAGAAGUCCACAGCCAAGCUGCAGGAUGCGCGCACGGUGCGCAAGAUUGUCAAGGUGGACGACCAUAUCUGCCUCGCCUUCGCCGGCCUCACAGCCGACGCGCGUGUGCUCGUCAACCGCGCGCGCAUUGAGGCGCAGAGCUACCGCCUCACACUAGACGAGAAGGUUACUGUGGACUACAUUACCAAGUACAUUGCGGGCGUGCAGCAGCGCUACACGCAGAGCGGCGGCGUGCGCCCCUUCGGCAUCUCCACGCUCAUCGUGGGCUUCGAUCCGCUGGGUGCCCCGCAGCUCUUCCAGACCGACCCCUCCGGCACGUGGUCGGCAUGGAAGGCCAACGCCAUCGGGCGCAACUCCAAGACCAUCCGAGAGUUCCUGGAGAAGCACUACGCCGACACCGCCGGCAAGGAAACCGUCAAGCUGGCCAUCCGCGCGCUCAUGGAGACGGUGGAGGCGGGCAGCAAGAGCAUCGAGGUGGCUGUCAUGGAGCGGGACACGGGCCUGAAGCUGCUGUCGGACGAGGAGGUGGACGCGCUGGUCAAGGAGAUUGAGGAGGAGAAGGCGGCGGCGGAGGCGGCCAAGCGCGGCGGCCAGCAGGCGGGCGGCAGCGGGCAGGCAUGAUGGGUAGGUGCAGGCAAGGGGGCUGCGGUAAUGGGCUAGUUGUGGUGUGUGCGGUCGUGUGAUGAGGCUGAGGCGGCAGAGAGGCGUUUCGGUUUGCAGGGAAGGAGGACGCUUGCGGUGAUGAAUGGGUUAAGACUGGUCCACGGGUAACUGAGCUGGGGAUGUGUGGUGGAAAAGGAGUCCGCGUGCAGAGGCAGGGUGACAGCGGCCACAUAUUUACAUGUAGACUGGCGGCAUUGCGGGGAUGGCGUACAGCAGACUGGUACAUGCCGAGCUCGAUGGAUUGCCGGAACUCCCGGAAGCUUCCGAAGAAGCAGGCUUCAGAGUUUCAAGGUCACAUUAACGGCGCGUUGUAACGUGAGUGAUUGUUUUGUGCCUGGUUGUGCUGCAGUGACGGGCUGGCGGAGGCCGGGAGGUGGCGGGCUGGGAUCUGUCGGGGUCCUCGGGAAAGCGACGGAGAAAGGUUGCCGGCGUCUGAGGCCCACGAACCGCACUUCACCGCGAAGCGUUUGACCGGCAUGGGGAGGGGAUCUGGGAGAACCCGAGAGGGGGAUGUGGGUGCCCCGACGUGCCGUACAGCGGCUUUGCCCCACCUGGACCGCUGUUCGUGGCAUCGCCCCCGAUCUGAUGCUGCCCAUGCACGCUUCGUAUAGAUCCGGGUUCUCGCUGCUGCACGGGCGGAGGGUGUUUGUGAACUGGCCGAUGAAGACAUGAAGUGCAACACCAUACCAGGGGAGGACCGUCAAUGUGCAGGUGUGCGUGCUGGGCACUCGUGAUGGAACAUGGCAAGGGGCAGGAAAGCGUAGUCCCGAUGUGUGUGGCUCCCACCCGUGCCCACAUAAAUGCGUAGCAAGAAGGGACAAGGCAUUGGUGCGUCGUUCGCGCGCUGUUACUGUACCGACGGUAGCAGGUGUGCGUGCUGGGCAGAGAUUAGGUUGACCUCGUGGGGUGACCUUCAGUAGGAAAGGGGAUUUGUAUCCGUGCCCAUGUAACUCUCGGAUGAC